AUGCACCGACAAAUACCGUGGGCGGCCGUGGCCUGGCGGAAAGGUGCAAUGCACAGAGACUGUGCUGCUUCUGGAGAGCCCAUGGGUGCUGGCCCAUCAUCUCUCUGUGCGAGCAGCUGUCGAAUUACUCUGGUGGAGUUGCUUUUAUGCUCUCUGAUGAUCCUGCUGGUUUCUGGACUGGAACCGGCACUGGGUCAGAAGGUCUUCACCAACACAUGGGCAGUCCACAUACCUGGAGGUCGGGAAGAAGCAGAAAAAAUAGCUAAUAAACAUGGCUUCAUCAACUAUGGACAUGUUUUCGGUGACUUUUAUCACUUCAAGCAUCGUACGGUGGCGAAGCGAUCACUGUCUGAUCAUAGGAACACACAUGUCCGUCUACUUAGAGAUCCCAAGGUGACAUGGGCGGAGCAACAGGUGGUCAAACGUAGGAAAAAAAGGGACAUCUUUGAGCAACUUCAUGAUCCACUUUUGAAGGAGCAGUGGUACUUGUACAAUGACAACCACCGUGACUUGAAUGCCAGAGCCGCAUGGAAUUUGGGCUACACAGGUAAAGGAGUCGUGGUGUCCAUCCUUGAUGAUGGAAUAGAGAAGACCCAUCCUGACCUGAGUCAGAACUAUGACCCAGAUGCCAGCUAUGAUGUUAACGAUGGGGACCCAGACCCUCAACCAAGAUAUACACAGCUGAAUGACAACAGGCAUGGAACACGCUGUGCUGGUGAAGUGGCAGCGGUAGCCAAUAAUGGAGUCUGUGGAGUCGGUGUGGCUUACAAUGCCAGGAUUGGAGGUGUGCGCAUGCUGGAUGGUGAGGUGACAGACAUGGUAGAGGCCCAGUCUCUCAGCCUGAACCCCCAACACAUUGACAUCUACAGUGCUAGCUGGGGUCCAGAGGACGAUGGCAAAACUGUGGAUGGACCUGCCAAACUGGCCAAAGAGGCCUUUCUGCGUGGAGUUACUGAGGGUCGUGGAGGUCUGGGAUCCAUCUUUGUGUGGGCAUCUGGCAACGGAGGCAGGGAUAAGGACAGUUGUAACUGUGACGGCUACACCAACAGCAUCUACACCCUAUCCAUCAGCAGCUCCACCCAAAAUGGCAAUGUCCCUUGGUACAGCGAGGCAUGCUCCUCAACCCUCGCAACCACCUACAGUUCGGGUGGGCUCACCGAGAAACAGAUCAUCACAACAGACUUGAAGGCCAAAUGCACAGACUCCCACACAGGAACCUCUGCCUCAGCCCCACUGGCUGCUGGGAUCAUCGCUCUAGCGCUUGAGGCAAAUAAAAAUUUGACCUGGAGGGACAUGCAGCACCUGGUUGUGCAAACUUCUCACCCUGGCCACCUGAUCACCAAUGACUGGAAUAUCAACGGGGUCGGACGCAAAGUCAGCCAUUCAUAUGGAUAUGGCCUACUUGAUGCAAGUGAAAUCGUAGCCUUGGCAAAGACAUGGACGAACGUGGGGCCACAACGCAAAUGUGUGAUCACCAUGGUCAACGAGCCAAAAAACAUCGGGGGACACUUGUCAGUUAACAAGAGCGUGGAUGCCUGCUUUAAUAGCCUCAAUCACGUGACCUUGCUGGAACACGUCCAAGCUCGGCUCACCCUGUCGUACAACCGGAGGGGGAACCUGGCCAUCCACCUCAUUAGUCCUGCCGGCACGCGUUCCACACUGCUACAUCCCAGGCCUCAUGACUACUCAUCAGAGGGUUUUAAAGACUGGGCUUUCAUGACCACCCACUCCUGGGAUGAGAACCCCUCCGGGUCGUGGACGCUCGAGAUUGAGAAUGUAGCGGGGGCCAGUGACUAUGGCACUCUAACCCAGUUCAUCCUGGUGCUGUAUGGCACGGGCCCCCUUGAUGAUUCUCAGCCUGGAAAUGGCAACUGCAAGACGUUGGACCUCAAACAGACAUGCCUUGAGUGCGAUACAGGCUUCUACCUCUACAUGCAAGGCUGUGUUACAGAAUGUCCAAGAGGCUUUGCUGUGGGUUCUAUACCAGUCAACUACACCGUGGGCAACAACAUUUCGCCGGCCUCCGUCCCGGCCUGCCUGCCGUGCCCGCAACCCUGCCUAACGUGCAGUGCACUCAGUCUCGACGCCUGCCUAUCCUGCACUCCUCACAGAUCGCUCAACACAAUCACUGGCACGUGCGAUCGCAUCGCCCAGUACUCGCGCGAGUCCCCCGGCAGCUUCAUGGUGGACCAGGGGAACACUGGGGUGCAGCCCCAGCCCACCUCCCAGUUGCCCGUGACAGUGGCCAUUCUCAGCUGCAUGGCCAUCGUUGCAGUCUUCGCCGGUGUCUUCCUCCUGCUGCAGUUACGCUCAGGCGCCCUCAUCAAGUUCCAGUCCAUGGAAUCUGGCACCGGUGGCUUCAGCCUGGGCAGGAACAGGGUGGUGUCGUAUCACGGCAUUCCGACGGUGUGGGGGGACGACACCGUCAAUACAGAUUCCGAAAACGAAGAGUUUGACGUCCAAAAUGAGAGAACUGCCUUCAUUAAAACACAAAGUGCUCUUUAA